UCCUCUCUUCCUGGACACUUCAGGAAUCUGGUGGCAGGACCCAUCGUCCCUGGCAGCAGCGGAGACGUCCUGGGAUGUGACAGAGAUGGCGGCUCUGCGGAAGGCUGCAGAUGACGACUCGGACCUGAGCCGUCUGGAGGGGGACAGUGUGGAGGAGCUGGCUGUGCCGGACCCAGAGCUGGAGGCCAUCAAAGCCAGAGUGAGGGAGAUGGAGAAAGAGGAUGAGAGGCUGAAGGAGAUGCAGCUGGAAGCUGAGAGCUGCCUCAUCGUGAGCUCGGACGCAGGUCUCUUCCCAAAGACAACCGAGGAGAAGAUGGAGGUUGACCAGCGCUCCAUCUACGUGGGCAAUGUGGACUAUGGGGGCACGGCGGAAGAGCUGGAGUCUCACUUCAACAGCUGCGGGCAGGUCAACCGAGUGACCAUCCUCUGCGACAAGUUCUCGGGGCAUCCCAAAGGGUAUGCCUACAUCGAGUUUGAAGAGAAGAGCUCUGUGAAGGCUGCGGUGGAGCUGGAUGAGAGCGUCUUCAGAGGCCGUGUCAUUAAGGUGCUGCCCAAGAGGACCAACAUGCCGGGCAUCAGCACUACCGACCGCGGGGGCUACCGGGGCCGCUUCCAAGCCCGGGGAGGGCUGGCCCAGCGGGGAGGCUACUAUGGAGGGCAGCACCCAAGGGUGCGAGGGAGGACGUACAGGGGUCGGGCAAGGCUCCUGCCUUGGUAUUUUCCAUACUAG